AUGGGAUGCAAUGGACUUAAUGGAGACUCAGACAAGAAAAGUCUGAACCUCUACAAGCUACUCGCCACCCAAACCCACAUGAGUUCUGCUAAGCAACCCACCUAUCUCAGGGGCGCACCCAAGAGUCGGUUGAGCCGUUACAACGGAUGGCUCCCUGCGCGCCCCGAGGUUUAUCGCGAGUUCGUUCAUCGCCACCGCCAAAUUGGCAAGGACAGGCGCCGUGCAGCCGCUGAACACGCCCCUGUCAUUCAGAAGUUUUCCGACACCAUCAGGGCCGACCCUGAAAUGUCGGCCCUCAUUGACGAGGUCUUCAUCCAGGCGGCUAAACCUCCCGGCCUCGAGACUCUUGACAACUUCGAAGAGCUGCUCUAUGCCAUGGAUGCGCUCGUCUACGCUCCCCCCAAGUAUGUUCUGGCCAAGGACGAGAGUGGCAACGUCAUCGGAGAGCCAGUCGGCGUCCCGAUGUUUUUUCUUUUCGACCUCCUGAGCAACACCGCUGCUGGGUACAACCUAUUCCACAGGCCAGCAUUCAACGUCAUCCUCAAGGAAGUCUUUGACGAGUGGGGCUGCUACCUGACCACCACCGACUCCAACAAGAGUCUUAACGAGACUGACGAGGGGUGGUUCGGACCUGCUGCCUUGGCCAGUCUCGAGGAAGGGCGUGGAGACUUCAACUCCACCUGGAUCUGCCCAGACCCGACUGCGCCCAACCGCGGUUUCCAGUCCUGGGAUGCUUUCUUCACCAGGCAGCCUCAGGAGAACGCCCGUCCUGUCCAGGCCGCUGACGACAAGUCCCUCAUCCACAACGCGUGCGAGUCCACCACCUUCAACAUCUCCUACAAUGUCAAGAAGAACGACCAGUUCUGGCUCAAGACGCAGGCCUAUUCGUUGCACAACAUGCUGAACAAGGACGAUAACUACGCUGACAAGUUCGUGGGUGGGACGGUCUACCAGGCGUUCCUCAGCCCUCAGGACUACCACCGCUGGCACGCCCCCGUCGAUGGUACUAUCAUCGACACCGUCCUGGUUCCGGGCACCUACUACGGUGUCUUGUUCGACGCUGGAGCGGAGGAAGGCGAUCCCGAUCUCAAACCCGGUGACCCCCACGGUGCCAUCAUCCGCUCCCAAGCCUACCUCACCACCACCGCCGCUCGUGCCCUCAUCUACAUCCAAGCCGACAACCCCGACAUCGGCCUCAUGUGCUUCAUCGGAAUUGGAAUGGGCGAAGUCUCCACCUGCGAGGUCACCGUCAAAAAAGGCGACCGCGUCAAGACGGGCAACGAGAUUGGGAUGUUCCACUUUGGUGGAUCGUCUCAUGCGAUGAUCUUCGGCCCCCAGGCCAAACUUACCUUCGCGGACGUCGUCCAGGUUGACCAGCACCAUUUGGUCAAUUCGAUCCUCGCCCAGGCUACGGAGGCCUAG